GUACACAUACAGGCAUACUUGGGUCUUUUCAGCUUUCGGAGGACUUGUCUGAUCCCACCUUCGGGACUGAUCGCGCUCGAGGAGACGGCAGGCGGGCCUGUCUCUUCGUCCUCGUCACGGUUCUCAUUAGAAAGGUAUCAAAAUUUGAAAACCAUUGGCCAAAAUUCAACUCACCGUAGCUAGUGAUCGAAAAAGACAGGCAUGCCCCGGCUUCGGAACGGGAAACGUCGGAUGUACCACGUGAGCCUACCCACAUCGCACAGCAAGCGGGUCAAACGCAGCGGAAGCAUUGGCAGCGAGGGAGAAGAGGGAGGGGCCUCGAGUGGGGGUUCGAGCGGAG